GUAUGUAUGUAUAUUUCAUAAACUGUAAGCUUUUUCUAUGUUUUUUUUUGUAGAAAUUGUAAAAGGAUGUAACUACGUACAUAAGCAUAUAUCGGUAAAGAUAUAUAUGUAUGCAUUACCAAAAGUAUAAGAAGAAAACAAAACGUAAGAAGAUAAAACACUCACAACGUAUAUAUUAUGUAUCCGCUUCUGUUAUAAAGAAGAGAUAAAAAAGAAAAACAAUGUCGAGAAAACAAAUUGAAAAUUGAAACGACGUUGAUUUUUUGCGAAAAUUCAAAUGAACUUUUCACUUUUUUCUCUCUAUGUGCUCUCUGGCUCUCUCACAUUGUUUUCUCUUUUAUUUUAUCAUUUUAUUCUCUUGUUUCUCUCAAUUUCAGUGAUUCCAUUACGUGGAAGUUCAAUUGACAUUCAUCCAAAUGCUCGAUGGCAACAGAACGGUCUCACUAUUGCUGGAGAAAAUGGAGAAGAAAAUGGAAUCAAUCAACUCUCAUACCCAUGGGGUUUGUAUGUUGAUGAAGAUCAAACAAUAUAUGUCGCUGAUCAAUUGAAUCACCGUAUUGUGGAAUGGAAAUGGGAUGCGACGAGUGGCCAAGUGGUUGCCGGUGGAAAUGGACAAGGAAGUGGGGCUCAUCAAUUGAAUAAUCCACGAGAUGUGAUUGUCGACAAAGACAAAGAUUGUCUAAUCAUCUCCGAUUAUUCGAAUAGAAGAGUGGUUCGAUGGCCUCGUCGAAAUGGGACAAGUGGAGAAACAAUCAUCUCCAACAUCGGAUGUAUAGGUUUGACAAUAGACGAGAAUGGAUCUCUCUAUGUCGUUGACUUUGGAAAAAAUGAAGCGAGACGAUAUCGAAGAGGAGAAUCUCAAGGAACAGUGGUUGCAGGUGACAAUGGAAGUGGAAAUCGUCUCGAUCAACUCUAUGACCCACGAUACGUAUUCGUCGAUCGAGAUCAUUCAGUCUACGUGUCUGAUUGUGGAAAUCAUCGUGUGAUGAAAUGGGUGGAAGGUGCAAAACAAGGCAUUGUCGUGGCUGGUGGUCAAGGAAAAGGAAAUGGUCUGACACAAUUGUCAUAUCCUGAAGGAGUCGUUGUCGAUCAAUUGGGCACUGUCUAUGUGGCUGAUGCAGGGAAUAAACGAAUCAUGCGUUGGCCCAAUGGAUCCACACAGGGAAGUGUCAUUGUUGGUGAAAACGGUGCAGGAGGACAAGCGAACCAACUCAAUUGGUUCAUCGGUUUGUCAUUCGAUCGACACGGUAAUCUCUAUGUCGUCGAUUGCGGAAAUCAUCGAGUACAAAAAUUCAACAUUGAAUCCAAUAAAUAACGGACUAAAGUAACUUGAAAAAAGAAAAAAAACAAACUUUGUACACUCUUUUUUAAUUGAAAGUUUAUUAUUUUUUUUUGAAAAUAUAGAAAAUAAAAUGUGAGUAAUAACUAAUAAUAACAACAAUAAUAAUAUAUGACUCAACCCAGGAGGUCGUUACGCCGAAUUUUUUUUUUCAAGGAUUCCGCAUUCUUGAAAAAAUCUCCAAUUCCCUUUAUACUAAAGUAAAAAUUUUUUUUCUCACAUUUUCUUCAUGAAAAGUGCCUGAAAAUCCUUGUAAUAAUACAGAUUCUUCUACAACACAGUUCUCUGAUGAUAUCUAGAAAUCGCGUGCGCUUCAAAACCAUCAAAAUCAAAGGACUCCAGAAGACUUUGCAUAAGACUAGAGGCAUAGGAAUCUCAUCGUAACUGAUAUGCACGGAAUUCUUCAGGAGUGUUGAAAAUCCUUCUGAAUCCUUAAGAUAUUUGUACAAUACUCCUUUGCAGUCGUGUCUGACCAUCGUUGAUGAGUCAAAGGUCUAGAAACAUAAGAAAUUUUGGGUUUCCAGAAGCAUGUGCCUUGUUCAAAAUCCAUGAAACUUGAUAAUUAUUGAUAAAUAAAAAAAAUUCGUGA